AAUAAAACAAUGCUAAACUGUAGUGUUAGCAUUUCCAAUGUUAAAUCUAUAUAAAUACAAAAUGAAAUGUUUAUGACAUUAUCUUAUAUUCUUAACAAAUAGAAAUUAACAAUACUAGAAUUAAUUAAUUUAUUAUCAGUUUUAAGUCUGUGCUCGGUGUUAGAGUGUGGAAAAAUAUGGGAGAGGAGGCCGCUACAGAAAUAGGGAACGAUGUAUCCAAAGAGGAGCGUGGGACGAAAAAAAGGGGCAAAUGCCACAUUAACCCUAACUUGAUAAUGCUUAAACUUACUCUCUUUAUGUUCUAUGGAGCUACGUCUUCGUUGGUACCAUAUUUAACAAUUCACAUGCAAAGCAUAGGACUGAGCAUGGAGCAAAUUGCAUUGAUAUACUUAUCGCUACCGUUCACGACUUUCUUAGCACCACCUUUAACGGGUUAUCUCGUAGAUAAAUUUGGACAGUACAAACCGGUGGUCAUUGUCUCCUUCAUCCUUACGGCCGUUCUUCAUCACUCGCUGCUGUUUCUGCCGCAGAAAGAGUUGCCAGGUGUGGUGCCGAACGGCUACAUCAUAACCCAUCCCAAAAAAUUGAAGGUUGACAUUUGGUGGAGUCCCUGUCCCAGCAGGGAAUGUCCGGACGAGGAGGAAUUGGAUUUGGUUUUGGACAUGUGCGAGGAUUAUUGUCUGAUAAAGAAUAAGAAACCGAAGAACGUGAGCCAAAUCAAUCCUGGCACCGAGGACGAUCUGUCAUUUCAUUUGGGCAAAAAUGGUGCGAGGAAUUUCACGUUGGAUAUGCACCCCAACCUAGGCGAUCCCAUAGAACAACUGGGUAUUGAAAUGGAGACGGACGACGACGACGAAACGAUGGACAUCCAGAAGCGAUUCCCCGAAAAGAUGCUGAGAAAAUUCGGCGUCGACUUCGAGGAAUUAAUCGCGCAAGAUCUGCGAUGCGGCGGCCUGGUGGACGAGAGCAACGAUCACACCAAAAAGCAACUGACAAAGAACUCCCUGGAUUGCAUAGUGCAGCGGUGCGAAUUUCGAUCCGGAGGUCCCGAAAGAUGUCCACCUAGUUACGUAAAGGCCACGGAGCAAACGUUUUGGCUCUAUUUUGGACUGAGAUUUGUAGCUACUGUUAUGUUGACGGCUGGAGUCACCAUCAUGGAUCCCAUAGCUUUGACUAUGAUUGAGAAAUAUGGAGGCGACUUCGGCAAGGAACGGUUGUUCUCCAGCUUGGGCAUGGCUAUAUUUUCUCCUGUAACGGGGGCCUUGAUUGAUUGGAACUCGGACCGCUUAGGUCACACUGAUUAUUCUUACGCAUUUUACACGUUCGAUGUGUUGUUAAUAAUGUCCUCCAUAGCGGUAUAUUUGAUGCCUUUGGGGUCCAAGUUACCCGCAGAUAAUAUAUUUAGAGAUUUGUUCAACAUAUUCAAGAUGCCUCACUUGGUAGCCUUCAUUUUCUUCUUGUUCAUCCUAGGAAACUUGUGGGGCUUCAUCGAGAGCUACCUCUUCUUCUAUCUUAAAGAACUGGGAGCCCCGAAUAUUCUCUUAGGUAUCACUGUUACAGUUGGUACUAUCAGUAGUUUGCCAUUUUUGUAUGGCGCAGAAAAUAUCACUAAAGAAAUUGGCCACGUCAACAUAAUAAUCAUUGCCUUCUUUGCGCAUGCUGCCAGACUUGCUGGUUACUCCGUUAUAGAGAGUGCCUGGUGGUGUUUUCCGUUCGAGGCAAUGGAAAGUUUAUCCGUUCAUCUUAUGUGGGUAGCAGCGGCGACCUACUGUGCAGUCCUUGCACCAAAAAGUCUCCUAGCCACUCUUAUAGGUGUUAUAGGAAUGGCACAUUUUAGUAUUGGCAGAGGAACUGGUAGUUUCUUUGGCGGUCACAUUAUUGGCAAGUUUGGAAUCAGACAGAGCUUCCGACUUAUGGCAUUCGUUGCCUGUUCCUCCGGCAUCGCUUACGCUUUAAUCUACUGUCUUUGGUUGAAACAGAUUGAGAUCAAUGGCGAAAAAGACGAAUCUGCUUUAGAAAAUGGAGAAGCCGAAAAACUAACUGAUGAACCGAAGACAAGAGACGUUGGCACCAUGUGUAGUUUUGAGAAACUGGACAGCAGAUUGAGUUUAAUGGUGGAAUAUAACCAGAUUGGUUCUUUAACAUCUUUGGGAAGAGUUAGGACAGGUGACGGAGUUUCCAUGAUGAGAGGCAGAAGCAUCAGUAUGAGAAGAGAGAGCGAUUUUGGCCCUACAAGCAAGAAAGGAAGCACAUCCAAGACAGACUUGCUGAAAUCUGCUCUUGAAGUGAAUAAUUCUAGAAAUUCCAAUCCCCAUAUCAAAAUUUCAAGUAAUCAUUUAAAUAAAGUUAAUGGAACUAGCAACAGCGACAAAUUGAACGCAGCAUUUAGCACACCGAAACUUUCUCACAGAAGUGCCAGUUUAAUAAACGAAAAAGACACUGCGAAUGUAUUGAACGAGAAAGACGAAAUUGUAUACGAUGAAAUUAAGCAUAAACAAAAUGCUGAAAAAGAUGAUAAACAAGGCCCCUAGUAUUUACUCAAUGUAUCACUUUAUCGCCUGUAUACUCAUCUCAUUGAAUUAUUAGACUUUAGGUUCUCAUAUAAUAACACAUAGUGAAUAAAGAAGUUGAAUUUUG